AUGGCUGAUUUGCAAGAACAAGUGCAAAAUUUGAAUAUUAACGAUGAUGACAAAAAUGCUUCAUCGUAUGUUCCACCUCAUUUGAGAAACCAAAGAAGAGGUCCACCAAGACACGACUCUCCAUCUGAUGGCUCUGAAAACAACAACGACUUUGGCUUCGGUUUCAACAACCGUCGUGGUGGCUACAACGGUGGUAGUGGUUACAGAGGUGGUAACAACUCCUACAACAGAAGAGGCAACUACCAAGGUGGCCAAAAUAACAGCAACAACAACAACAACGGUGGCGGGUUCAACAGAAUCCCAGGCAGAGGUUCUUGGACCAACGGCAAACAUGUCCCAGGUGCUAAAAACCAAAACUUAGAAGUCCAACUGUUCGGUACUCCAGAAGACCCUCAAUUCCAAUCUUCUGGUAUCAACUUCGACAACUAUGACGAUAUCCCUGUCGAUGCCUCAGGUACUGAUGUCCCAGAGGCUAUCACCGAAUUCACCUCUCCUCCUUUGGAUGCUUUGUUAUUGGAAAACAUCAUCUUGGCCCGUUUCACCAAACCAACUCCUGUCCAAAAAUACUCCGUCCCAAUCGUAUCCAGGGGUAGAGAUUUAAUGGCCUGUGCCCAAACUGGUUCAGGUAAAACCGGUGGUUUCUUAUUCCCUGUCCUAUCAGAAUCUUUCAAGAACGGUCCUUCUCCAAUGCCUGAAAGCGCUAGAAAGUCCUUUGUCAAGAAAGCUUACCCAACUGCUUUGGUCUUGGCUCCAACCAGAGAAUUGGCCACUCAAAUCUACGACGAAGCUAAAAAGUUCACCUACAGAUCAUGGGUCAGACCAACUGUUGUUUACGGUGGUUCUGACAUCGGUUCCCAAAUUAGAGACUUGUCCCGUGGUUGUGAUUUGUUAGUCGCUACCCCAGGUCGUUUGUCCGAUUUGUUAGAACGUGGUAGAGUCUCCUUGGCUAACGUCAAAUACUUGGUUUUGGAUGAAGCUGAUAGAAUGUUGGAUAUGGGUUUCGAACCUCAAAUCAGACAAAUCGUCGACGGUUGUGACAUGCCUCCUGUCGGUGAAAGACAAACUUUAAUGUUUUCCGCCACUUUCCCAGAUGAUAUCCAACAUUUGGCCAGAGAUUUCUUAAGUGACUAUAUCUUCUUGUCCGUUGGUAAAGUUGGUUCCACUUCUGAAAACAUUACUCAAAGAAUCUUAUACGUCGAAGACAUGGAUAAGAAAUCUACUUUGUUAGACUUGUUGUCAGCUAGCAACGAUGGUUUGACCUUGAUUUUCGUUGAAACCAAGAGAAUGGCCGAUGAAUUGACCGAUUUCUUGAUCAUGCAAGACUUCAGAGCUACUGCUAUUCACGGUGACCGUACUCAAUCUGAACGUGAACGUGCCUUGGCCGCUUUCAAGAACGGUAACGCUAACUUGUUGGUUGCUACCGCUGUUGCUGCUAGAGGUUUGGAUAUUCCAAAUGUUACUCACGUUGUUAACUACGACUUGCCAAGUGACAUUGAUGACUACGUCCACAGAAUUGGUAGAACUGGUCGUGCUGGUAAUACCGGUGUUGCUACUGCCUUCUUUAACAGAGGUAACAGAAACAUUGUCAAGGGUAUGUACGAAUUGUUGGCCGAAGCUAACCAAGAAAUUCCUCCAUUCUUGAACGAUGUCAUGAGAGAAUCUGGCAGAGGUGGUAGAACCAGUGGUUUCUCAAGUCGUAACAACAGUAAUAGAGAUUACCGUAGAUCAGGCUCGAACAACGGCGGUUCUUGGGGCAACUCCAGAAGCAACAGCAACAGCGGUGCUGGCGGUUGGGGCUCUUCUAGAUCCGGCGGUGCUGGUGGUGCUGGUGGUGCUGGUGGUGCUGGCGGUGCUGGCGGCUCUUCCUGGGGUAGAUCCGGUUCAUCUGGCUGGGGCAACUCUUCUAGCUCUAACGCUGGCGCUGGUUCCAAUGCCAAAUCUUCAUGGUGGUGA